UCAGAGCAGAUGGUCAAAGAGCAGAGAGCUCUGAUGUAGUUGAGGUUUUGUUAGAAUUGUAGAAAUAAUAAUGGAUACUGUGGAGUCAGACAGAAGGGUUUCACCUCUGAAGAAUUUUGUGGCAGGAGGGUUUGGUGGCAUAUGUCUCUUACUUGCUGGACAUCCGCUGGACACUAUCAAGGUCCGUUUACAAACACAGGACUGCGCUGUCUACAGAGGAACAUACGACUGCUUUCGAAAGACUGUGUCCAAAGAGGGAAUAUUUGGCUUGUAUAAAGGAAUGGGGGCUCCACUAGCUGGUGUAACUCCAAUGAUGGCUUUGAAUUUCUUUGGCUUUGGACUGGGAAAGGAACUUCUGCAACGUGACCCAACUGUACCAAUAACGUAUACACAGAUCUACUUGGCUGGGAUGCUGGCAGGGGUGUUCACCACUGUGAUCGUGGCCCCAGGAGAGAGAAUCAAGUGUUUACUUCAGAUCCCGCCCUUGGCCAGUCGAAUGAAGUAUACUGGACCAUUGGAUUGUGCUGUCAGACUUUAUAAACAACAGGGCAUUUGCAGUGUCUACAAGGGAACUGUUCUUACUUUAAUCAGAGAUGUGCCCUCAAAUGGUAUAUACUUUCUAACAUAUGACUACUUAAAACACUAUCUGACCCCUGAUGGAGAAUGUGUUCAUCACCUCAGCACAUCCAGAGUUCUUCUUGCUGGUGGGAUUGCUGGCAUGAUAAACUGGCUAAUUGCUCUACCUGCAGAUGUGCUCAAGUCAAACUACCAAACAGCCACAGAUGGGCGUUACCAAGGUGUAAGACAUGUGUUAAGAACACUGGUAAAGGAGGAAGGAGCUCAGGCACUCUACAAAGGCUUAAGCGCAGUUAUGUUACGAGCAUUUCCUGCUAAUGCGGCUUGUUUUCUAGGAUUUGAGGUUGCUCUAAAGUACUUAAACUACAUUGCUCCAGACUGGUGAUGUCACAUUUAGAACUGAUGUGGGUUCUCAUUUUAAUUCAUUUACGCACUGUUACAGUGUAUAUAUAGCAUUUCUUCAUUAAGGGGCAGGCAGGUAUGGUGGCCCAGUAAUGCACAACCCAACAUUUCAAAAAGCAUUAAGCUCACAACUCAAUGACCUUUUAAAAAGCAAACAUUAACCUACGCAAUGGAAAUGCUCCCAACCACUAGGUGGCAGUGGAACACUGAUUACUUCUGGUUGAAUGGCGAGUUACAGACUGGAACAGCAAUUAUUUCCAGACACCACAAUAAAUUUGUUACAAUACAUUGCUACCAAGAAGCAAGAAGUGGGUUUUACCUCAGGCCGUAUUCGUCUGCAACUUCUGUGAAAUGAGCGAAUACCCAUGAGAUGCGCAACCACUCGUUUGCUCGUUUGUGAAACAUCUGCCACCUAGUGGUCGGGAACAUUUCCAGUGUGUUAUGAGCUUAGGCUCAAUCCCAAUUCUAGUUUUGUACCCCUACCCAUGAUGUCAUCAUAUGUCAUCACGAUCUCUUGCUUCAUAUGAGAUCAGACAAAUGCGACUGCUGUAGUUAUUCCAGUUGCUUUCAUUUUUGGUAUUUAUCUUCAAGAAAUCAAAUGAAGGCUUAUAUUAUGUUAUCAUAACCAUCUAAUGUGGUGCAAUAAGAUCGUAACUGUACUGUGCAUUUACAUCGUUUAUUUACAUUUAUGGCCAUAUUCAUCUAUGUAAACACACAAAAGCAACACUAACGUUACAGCAGACACUGUAAAAAGAUCAUUCUCAGCCACUAGACUUUUCUCACAGGGUUUUCAAGUGUCAUCGAGUGACCGAAUGUUGUGGGACAGCUGUAUAGGAGUUAUUAUUAUGAAUUAUUGAUCACGAAAUUUAGCGCUUUACUUAUAUUUAAGCAAGAUGGUAAAACGCGAAAGCGGUUAUGGAUAUAUUAAAACAUAUGUUUGUUUGUUGUCAAAAUUCUUAAUAAUGACAAAACAAUACUAAUUUAUGGAUCUCCUUCCUUCCGGGUUCAGCAAUACUGCCAUUGUGACUGGUGUAUUCUGGGAAAUUUUCUUACCCCUUGGUUUCGAGUGUGGUCCUGAAAAAUCUUCGUUCAAAGGCCUUCCCUUACCCCUUCCCCUUAGCCCUAUGCCUUCAAGCUAAAGAGAAUUGGGACACCCCUACCCCUUGAUGUGAACGCGCAAAGCAAGGGGUAGGGGUAAGGGGUAGAAUUGGGAUUGGACCUUAAUGUUUGCCCUUAGAAAUGUCAUUGUGUUGUGCACUACUGGGCCCACGUAGAGAGAGAGAGAGAAAAAGCUAAUUGGAUUCAGUUUCCCCCACUUCAUUAAAAAUUUACUCACAAUUUACUCAUUCUAAAGUGAUUACAAGUAUGCUUCUUUUGUUCUGUUGAAACCACCAUUACUGCCUUUCUGCUGAAAAAAGACAUCUGAAAGAAUGUUGAAAACCAGUACACACAGUUGAAUUUAGAAUCAUUAGCCCUCCUGAAUUAUUAUAUAUAAUAACAGAACUAUUCUGCAUGAAGUGCAAUUUAAAGGCAAAACUAGUUUAUUUAGUUUUAUUAGACAAGUUAGGGCAGUUGGGCAAAUUAUUGUCUAACAAUGGUUUAUGUAGACAAUCGAAAAAAUAUUGCUUAAGGGGCUAAUAAUAUUGACCUUAAAUUGUUUUUUAAAAUUAAUUUUUGAAAAUUAAAACUGCUUUUAUUCUAGCCAAAAUAAAACAAAUAAGACUUUCUCCAUAGGAAAAAAUACUGUAGGAAAUACUGUGAAAACUUCCUUGCUCUGUUAAACAUCAUUUGGGAAAUAUUUGAAAAGGAAAAAAAAUCUCAUGAGGGCGAAUAAUUUUGACUUCAACUGUAACUAUUGAGAUACAAUGCCAGUCAUAGGAGUACUGGUUUCCAAAAUUCUUGAAAAUAUAUUCUUUCAUCCUUAGCAGACAAAAGAAAAUCAAACUGAUUCGGAACAAGUGAGAAAUAAAUAACAAUCAUUUUUGUAAGCUGCUCUCAAAUGUCAUAUGCACUUAAAUGCAUGUAUGCAUCAUGGAUGGGAUCUCAUUUUGCCAACUAUUUGCAUAUUAAUAGUGAAAAUGUAUUAAUUUAGACAGUUAUUUUACAAAGUAGAUUGUGUCAAAGCAGCUUACCAUAGAUGGAGACAAGAAAAUUAAAGGCCAUAAAAAUAUUCCAGCAAAUGUUGAUAGUAAGAAUUUUAAAAUUCUGAAUUUGAGAAGUCUAGUUAAUUUAAAAACUAGUUCAGUUCAGUUUAGUAUGUCACUAUUGAAGGUCGAUCAACUGAAGAGCAGCUCCACCAGCCCCAAGCAAGCAAGCCUUGACAGUGGCAAGGAACUAAAGCUAUACCAAUUGAUGGAAGUGAAGAACAAACAGGAGAAGCCAUAGGCUCAGUCGAGGUGACCAAUUCUCCUCUGGCAAAAUGUAUAAAUAUGUAUGAAUGUAUUGAAUGUUUGUAUGAAAAGGUCAAUAAUUCAGUUGACUGUUUACUUUUACUCAUGUAACAGUGAGUUGAAUUGCUUUUACUCAUGCAAUAUGUGCAAAAGUAAUACUAGUGUUUGUAGUGUGCAUACUUGACAUCAUUUUCAUAUGCUUUAAAACAUGAAAAACUGAAAUCAUACACUGGCCCUUAUGUAACCUUAAUUAUUUGAUGCACCAGAAAACAUUGAUUACAGCCCCAGGUAUGUGAAGCACUGGAUGAAACUGUUUACUGAUUGUGUUUUGUCAUUUUUUAAAUCUAAAUCAGUUUAGGACAGAUAGAGAUGUGCCCUGUGUGUCUGAUUUGCAGCUUCACAGACAUGUUUUAUCCUCGUGUUUUUCUUGCAGAAACAAUCCAGGGAUUCUGGCUGUGAACCAAUUGGAUGUUAGAGUGGUGCAUUCUCUGUGGCCAGAUACCUUCUUUUAGGCUCUAGAGAAUGCAGGUAGCCGAAAGAGUUAUGGCAUUCUGAUUGCUUCAGCACCGAAUUGUUGCCAUAUUUAAAUUUUUUUGGUAACAGUUUAUUUUGAUAAUCCAUUUGAGUAUUAGUAGACUGUCUGCUUAAUAUCUGUCUGAUACUGCGUCUUCAACAGACAUUUAACUGACUAUGAGAAACUUUGCAAGUACAUGUCAACGUACACUAACCCCAACCUAACAGUCUACUUAUAAUCUAAUGAGAAAGCAUGUACAGGGUGGGCCAUUUAUCUGGAUACACCUUAAUAAAAUGGGAAUGGUUGGUGAUAUUAACGUCCUGUUUGUGGCACAUUAGUAUAUGUGAGGAGGAAAACUUUUCAAGAUGGGUUGUGACCAUGGUGGCCAUUUUGAAGUCGCCAUCUUGGAUCCAACUUUAGUUUUUUCAAUAGGAAGAGGGUCAUGUGACACAUCAAACUUAUUGGGAAUUUCACAAGAAAAACGAUGGUGUGCUUGGUUUUAACGUAACUUUAUUCUUUCAUGAGCCCCCUCACAUAUACUAAUGUGCCACAAACAGGACGUUAAUAUCACCAACCAUUCCCAUUUUAUUAAGGUGUAUCCAUAUAAAUGGCCCACCCUGUAGAUGCAAUGUAACUUAAAUUCAACAAACGGACCAUCAAAAUAAAGUGUGAUCUUUUAUUGAUCUUGUAAAAAAAAUGUUUAAUAGAUUUUUUUUAUACUUGUUCUCUCUGGGUUUGCAUGGCAUCCCACGUGUGCUCUUGUUCCCCCAACAGUCCAAAGACACGCGGUUUAGGUGAAUUGGAUAAUAACAGUGGGUGGGUGUGUUCCAGCACUGGGUGUUGUGCACUCAAUUGUGCUGGGUUGUGGCUGGAAGGUCAUCUGCAUUUUAAAACAUGUGCCAGAGUAAUUGGUGGUUCAUUCCACUGUGGCGACCCCUGAUAAAACAGGCCGGACUAAAAAUUAAUAACACUAACUCAAGCCAGGAGUUAAUAAUAAUGUAACUAUGAAUAAACUCAGACUUGCCUCGCCAUCAACUUGUCAUUGGACUUGCACAUUUUAGAAUUUUGCUGUGUACGGUUGAUUCCGUGUCAUGAGUCAAAUUUUGAUUAAUUAAAACAAGAAUUUCUACCUUCUCGGUACCACACUGGCAGCUGUGGCAGGUGUUUAUUCAGCAUUUAUGCAUAAACAAGGCAGACACACCAGUGCGGCUCAACAACUUUAUUGAGACUUGAUUGAACUUUAUUGAAAACAGACUGGACUAGCAACAGGCAACUUGAAGCAAUAGGAUGCCAAUUGCAAUCAUGUAGCAACACAUGAACUCUACAUAACGUCAUUAACUGCGUCAUACAUAUAGGUGUUGUAACCUUGGUUAAAACGCAGAUAGACUAGGAAAAUGUCCAUGUGGGUGUGUGUGGACAAUUCUAAACAAUAUCUUAAGCAUAUAAAUGUCAGACAUCCACUAGACUGUUUAGAGCAGACUCCAGACCUGUGAAACGAAUCCACAAUCAAAUUGAACACACACACUUAAAAGUAGAAUCUGUUUUUUUUUCAAGGCUGAGUGUACUCUCAGCCGUCUUUAUCAAAACUGGUUAAAAACCGGUAUAAUCUACAUUCAGGCAGUUAUAUCUUUAUUACACAAAGUCUAUCUUGAAUAAAA